UGUAGCCAUGCCCAAAUUCCGCCCGUCAAAGUUUGUGCUGGAUCGUGGAUGGCGAUCUCGGCUGGGCUCGGCAAAUCCGCCCGCCCGCCGACGAGGCCGAUCUCGACGCCGACGCCAACUCCAACUCUCUCCAUCCAUCCACCGGAGAACCAGCACCCCCAUCCACGUCGUUCGUGGUUGUACCUGACGUGAUACCCUGUAUCGUCAUGACUCAUGAACCGUAGAAAGCAUCCCCGAACGACCGACGAGGUCGAAUGUCCGAAACGAAGAAAGUUUGUCGCGUACGUCUCCACUGCCAACGGUGUCACGCCCAUAAAAUCAAAUGCUCUGGAGACCAGCCCUGCGCCAAAUGUCGCCAGGUCGGUUGUGCCGAUGAGUGUCAAUACGCGCCGCGCGAUCGGCAGGUCCGAGUGAGCGAAAGUUAUCUGCGACAACUGCAGGCCGAGAACCAGCGCCUGCGAGAACAACCGACACCCUCGGUCAACCCGACCGAGGCGGACGCCGACACCGAUGGCGGCCGCGGCCCGUCGCGAGCGGCUGAGGCGCCUGAUGAAAGCAACCCCAACGUGCGCAAUCCUCUGAUCGGAGACCGGGCCUGGUUCCACCCGUACGAUCCCUCGGCGCCGCCUCUUUUCGUGGGCGAGGCCGCGUGCACGGCAUUUGCGACGCGCUUCCGGCGUUUCUUGACUGGCAGCAAUGCGACCGCGCAUAUUACACGGACGCAGUAUGUUCGGGAUGAGAAUAUCGCUGCUGCCAAUGCGGGCGAUAUCUCGUGGCCGAGUCUGCAUCAGGCACGGCUGUUGUUGAAGAUUGCCCUGCGUCAGAUUGGCUUCAUCUAUCACUUGGUGCUGCGCAAGCCGACCCUGGAGAAGCUUGAAGAGAUCUAUCAGACGGGUGACUUUGAGUGCAAGGUCAAUCAGUGCAAGUUCUUUGCGCUGUUUGCGUUUGGCGAGGCCUAUUCGAUGCGAAAUGAGCCAGCCUCGGGGUCCAGAGUGCCGGGGACUAAGUACUUUGCGCGUGCACUGAGCUUGGUGCAGGUACUGCCGGAAAGAACGAGUAUCACACACUUGGAGACGCUGCUGCUAUUGUCCCUAUUCUCGUACUAUCUGAACCGACGACACUCUGCCUAUGUCUUGAUCGGCAGCGCCAUGCGCCUGGGGCUGUCCAUCGGGAUGAACCACAACGUUCCUGAGUCGCAGAUCAUUGAUCCAAUUGAACGGCAGCACCGCGUGCGCAUCUGGUGGACGAUCUAUAUUUUCGACCGCAUGUGGGGAUCGAAGAUGGGUUUACCGUCGCAGAUUCUCGACGACGACAUUCACCUCGACAUGCCGUCCAACAUGACGCCGACGCAGUUGCACGAGGAGCAGUUCUCGGACACGGAGUAUCUGAAAGCCAAUAUCAGCUUGGCGCGGAUCGUAGGCGAGACGAUUGCCAAGCUGUACAGUCGACGCAAGUACAGUGAGACCUUCCUACAGCGCGUUCAGAAGCUGCUAAAGGCGCUAAAGAACUGGGUGGAGACGCUGCCGGAGCAUCUGCGCCUCGACCAAGUAGAGCCGGAGAUGAGUCGGACCCCGGUGGGCUCGCUGCAUCUGUCGUUCAACCAGUGUGUGAUUCUCACCACCCGACCGACCCUUCUGCAUAUCCUCAUCAAGCUUAGCGAGGCUGACGGCACCCGAUACGAGGACAUUGAGGAGAUUUCCCAACCGGUACUCACCCUCGGUGAAGCAUGCAUCCAUGCCGCGCGCCACUCGCACUCGAUCAUCCUGACGCGGUGGAUCAACGGCACGCUCCCGACCUUUGGCUUCUUCCACGCCCAUUAUCUCUUCUCAUCGGCCCUGGUGCUAGCCAUGUCCAGCUUCACCCCGGUCGGCAGCCCAGCAGACCUAGGGGCCUUUGAAACGGGCAUGGAGGUGCUGCGAUCGAUGAGCGAGAACGGUAACCUGGCGGCCACCGAAUUCUACCAAAACCUAGAGCAGGUCAAAUUCUGUCUAGACCGGUAUCUGAGCGAGCGACGACGCGAUUCACGUAGUCGCCGCAACGCCGCCGCAGCCAUUGGCCCGGGGACCGUGUCUGCCAGCGAUGCGGCCGCGUCUGCAGCUGCGACAGCCACUCCGACAUCGAGCACGGCACCGCCACCGCAUGCGUUAACGGAGGGACCGAUACCAGCGGACUUUGGGCUGCAUCCGACGGUGGUGGAGGGCGUGGUACGGGACGCGACGAGCGGGUUUACCACGGCGAUGGCGUUUAUGGAGCCGACGAUGCAGGAUUUUCUGGCGCAGAGUGAUUUUGAUCUGGGGAUGUUGCAUCCGGUGGAUACGUUUAUGAAUGAUGAGAGUUAUGCGAUGGGGUAUAGUUAAC